AUGGCAGACACUGGCGCUAACCGGCCUGACCCAGCGGAGACGCCCGACCUUCUCUACGGCCGCAGCGAUCCGUCUCGGGCCCGUUACGGGCUGUGGGGCGCUGAGAACGUCGACAAAAUCGUGAUCUCUUGCACGUUUGAGGCAGGCGUGCAAGUUGAGGACCGCGUCUUCAAUGGUGAGUGCUUGCACUGGGGGUUCAAGCCAAUGAACAAGAAGAACCGCGGCUCGUUCUGCUUCUACUGUGUGCGGGCGCACGCAGGAUUCUACGGAGAUCAGCCAGCGACGCAGACGUGCGCCCUGCUGGUUCCAGUCAUUGGCAGCAACCGUGAAGUGUGCGAGGAGUUCUUCACUCGCCGACACGAGGCCGUGGCCUUCUUCGUGAAUGCGAAGGCCACCCGCGGGGUCAGAGUUGCCUGGCGCGAGAUCCAAGAGAAGGUCGAGAGCUACAAUAAGCACGAGGUGCAGACGAAGCGAGCUCCAGACAGGAUACUUCUACUUGCCGAUUAUCAGGCGUCGCUGGGCGACCCGUGCAGCAACGGCAAGGGCCACCAGGUGUGCAUGUACAAAGGGCACCAGUGCGUCCGCACCCCUGGGAAGCUGGAGUGGCUGGUCCAAGAAGUGGAGACGCAAGGCGUUAGCAAACGCCGCCUGAACCAGCACUCGGACGACGCCAUCUUCGAUGGUCAGCUCCAGCGUGGAUUUGAUGGGUUGGUGUCUAGUCUGACAAGCUUGUUUGCACGGCCAUCUGGUGAGGAAGCCCCUAGCAUUUUUGCCAAGGCGUCUGCGCCGCCGCAGCCAGCAGGCACCCCGGCUCCGCCAGCUGUCGCUACGCCACAGGGUGGGAUGCAGCCCGGCAGCAGCUGCGGCGUGUUUCAGGCCGCGUACUUCCCAGUGGCCAUGCCGCGCCAGGUGCUGCUCACGCACUUGAAGGAGUUUCGCGAGAGCGCCCAGGACGAGAAAUACUUCGCCAUCGCCAACUUUCGCAGGCAGCUUGAGGGCGCAGUCGCCAAUUUCAGCAACACGAUCGUGCCUGCUAAGCAAGUGGAGGAGGAGUGCAAAAGCGCAGCUGAGCAGGGUCAGCCAGAACCAGAGCUCUAUGCGGACAGCGACGACAUCCAGGCGCUGAGGAAGCAGGGCCAGGAGGCGGUCUCCAUUGCGAAAGCCUGGGCGAAGAACUCCGAGUUCGACAGAGCUGCGACACCCGACGAGGCUAUGUGGUGUCUUUUGAGCCCUGAGAAACUAGCGGAAGCAGGGUACCCAACGCCAGCGUCGCAGAUGGCAAUGUGCAUCGACAUGGUCAAGAUGAAGAUUAGCAUGAUUGCGCAGAGCAAAGCGCAAUUCAUUUGUCAGGAUUUGGCACGGCUGGCGUCGUCUCUACCAUCGUGGGCGGAUGACAAGGUGAAGGCCGACAUGAACGCCUUGAAGGUAGCGCUGGGCUUGCUCGACGAGAAUGCUAUGCCGCUGGCUACUGAGCUUGAGGUUGCCGGCGAGGCCGUGGAGGCCAUCAUGAAUAAUGCGUUGCCGAUGGCUGGCUCAGUCGUGCAGUGGCCAGAAGCCAAGAAGCUCUUGCGCGAUGCGCAGGUCGCUUUGGCGAGCUUCUCCAAGGGCUAUGACCAGUCGAAGCGGAUCAGGUCUCUCCUGCAGAAGGCGCUCGACAAUGCCCAGCAGGACGCGACGACCCUGGACUUGCGCACCCGCAUGGUCAGCACAACGGGCCACAUUAAGGGCAUAUCGGACGUCCUGGCCGAGUCGACGCCGCUGUCAAAGAGGUACUUCGUCACCCCCGAGGUGGAGGACGCGCUGGUGGAGUACAGUGGGAUCGCUGGGGACCUGCUCCUGGACAUGUCUAAGGAGCUCGUGGACAGGGUUGUCACAGCGAUGGGCCGCCCGCUUGAGGAGGCGAUUUGGGACAACACCGAGCGGGCUGGUGGGUCGAAGCUUUUGGCUGACUUGAUUGGGGCAGUGGACGAUAUACCGAAGCUGUCCAAGCAUACGCAGAGCGAGCUUGAUACUCGGGGGUACUCGGAGACGGCUAAGCUGGUCGAUGCGUCACCGGGCGUUGUGAAGAUGUUCCACGAGCGCAACGAGACUGGAGCGCUAAUUGCACGGGUGCCCGAGUACAUGGAGAAUGUCCGUAAGGCUCUGGCAGAGAACCUGACGCAAUUCUGGGAAGGUCAUGCCGUGGCCGAAUCGGUCUCUGCCAUGCUGGAGAAGUUCGCGACCUCCGAGGCGUUCGCGGAUAUAUCGGGCAUGCUGGCCAAGCGCCUCACUGAGCGCAUCGAGAUGUUCGUCCGCAUAGCGAAUGGGGCCAUCUUUGGCGACUUCCCGAAUGAUUUGUUCCGGCAGGCCGCCUGGGCCGACUCCCUCUGCACGCCAGAUGACAUCAUCGGGCGGGCGGUCUUGAUCUGCGGCUCGGGCUACGGCGCGGCCCUCACGCAGGGCGCCGAGGCGGCCUUCCAGGACGCGACUGAAGCCGCGAGGUACUCUGACGAGGUGUUCCGUUGGCACGUGGGGGCGAUCAUGAACGUAGGCAGGGUGUGGCAUCGUGGUGUCCCAUUGAUCACGCGCAAGCUUGACUUCGACGCGGACGCCGCCAAGGCGUGGGUCGACGGCAGAGAUGCGAUGGACAAGCUGGUGCUGACGGUUGACUCCAUCCUCCGCUCGCACGAAGCAGCCAGCGGCAUGACCUUUGCCGACUGGGACUGGGGCGACUUCAGGGGCCCGAUGUUUGUGCAGAACCUCGAGACCUGCUUCGAUGCGAAGGGCAGGUCGGCCUCGGGUCUGUUCGACGGCUUCCCGAUCCCCAGGGCCAUCCGCGAUUCGCUAGUCGCCAUCGAGAAGUCGUUGGUGGAGACCCGGUCUCGGUGGAUCGCAGGCUUCGAGGCCGCGUGCACCAGCAUCGGGGACUGGCAGCCGAACUGGCGCCCCGUGAAGGAUGUGCUGCCGGCCAGUCCUCCGCACCCAAUGACGAAGGAGUUGGUCGGAAACAAAAUGCUCAAACAGUUGGGCCAGCUGUGCGCUGACAUGGACGCGCGCCUCAAGCUCUGCCGGCGCGCCCCGACCAUCUUCGAGUCAACCGACCUGUCCAAGUGGGAGGCCCGCGUGCUCGAGGGGAUGGUCACCAUAUCCCUCACCUUCACAAUCUUCUCCAUGAAGUACGCCUUCCCCCAGCUCAAGGGCCCCAAAAAGCUCAAGAUUGCGGCUGACAAGCUCAAGGCCGAGCUCGAGCAGAAGGGCGCGUGGGCGCACGUGCCCACCUGCGUCUCCGCAGCCCUCGCGGGCGGCGGCCAGAUCCUAGAGGUGGGCGACGGUGAGGUCCCCUCCGACGCGUUCGGCGCGGCUGCGUGA